GUGAGGAAAUGCAGAUCCAUUCUUUUCAACUUCAGCACUCAUACUGCACAAAGUUCUUCUUGUGACUUUGUCAUUGGAUCUUUAUACUGCUUUGGACAUGAUAUGUGUGUCCCAAUUCUAAAUAUGCUUUUUCAAAGAAACCCUGUUUCUAACUUGUGAGGACCAGGACUCUGUAACCAUGGCAACUGCCCCAGACACACCCUGCCUUUCUGAGCUUGGGGCGCUCCACUCCAGGAACAAAAGCGUCAUCACCCAACCCUGUAACCAGAGCACUGUGAAGAUCCCUCACUACUCUCCACAAGCCACUGCCGCCAUUGCCGUUUCGAUCACAUUUAUGAUGAUGGUGACUAUUGUGGGUAACAUUUUAGUCAUUAUUGCUGUACUCACAUCACGAUCCCUAAAAGGGGCUCAGAACCUGUUCUUGGUGUCUUUGGCUGCUGCGGAUAUUUUAGUGGCAACUCUUAUAAUCCCCUUCUCUCUGGCCAAUGAGUUGCAGGGACACUGGGUAUUCAGUUCACUUUGGUGUGAGAUCUACCUGGCGUUGGAUGUUCUCUUCUGCACUUCCUCAAUUGUGCACCUCUGUGCCAUUGCACUUGACCGCUACCUGUCCAUCUCUAGGCCCGUCUCUUAUGGUACCAAACGCACCCCUAAACGUAUCAAGGCAGCUAUUGUCAUUGUUUGGCUCAUAUCUGCAGUCAUAUCAUUCCCACCGUUGCUUACACUGGACAAGAGCGAAGGAGGUGAAGAAACGUGUGAACUAAACGAUGAGCGCUGGUAUAUCCUCUACUCCACUAUUGGUUCUUUCUUUGCACCCUGUGUUAUCAUGAUUCUCGUCUAUAUAAGAAUCUAUCAGAUCGCCAAGAAGCAUACGCGCUGUCCACCCGGCCAAAACCACAAGCCAAUGCCAGGACCAGUUGGAGCCCAUGAGCAUGUGCAGAGGGCAGCUGAAGCGGGACAACAGAAUGGAGAUAAACAGGACUCAAUUGGAGACCAACAGCAAAAGGUCCUGAGCAAGAUAACUCAUUUAGAUUCAACCCAGGCAUCACAAACUAUAACGCUUGUAAGCAUUACAAAGCAGGAUGCUCAGCAAAAUCCAAAGGCCACGCAGGCUGGUUCCAAAGUGGUGGUAGAAGAGAGUCCAAACAUCCAAGGGACUCCAACAUCACGGCGCAAAGCCAUGGUAAACAGAGAGAAGCGUUUCACCUUUGUUCUAGCAGUGGUCAUGGGGGUCUUUGUCAUCUGCUGGUUCCCAUUCUUCUUCACUUAUUCCCUGCAAGCUAUAUGUCCAGAGACAUGCACCAUUCCUAACCCCCUAUUUAAGUUCUUCUUUUGGAUAGGUUACUGCAACUCCUGCCUCAACCCGGUCAUUUACACUAUAUUUAACAAGGACUUUAGGAGAGCUUUUAAGAGGAUACUGUGCAGAGACACUAAGGGUACGUUUUCCUAGAAACAAUGAAGUGCAUAUUAAACUCAUUCAACCACAAACUAUAGUUACAGCUAAUGUACACUUCUGCAUUGGUCAGAAACAU